UUCUCCUCCUCCUCUUUCCCCUCCUCCUCCUCCCCCAGCGCCUGGCUACCGCCACGACUCCGGCUGGAGGCGCCGCUGUCAUUCCUGCGCCCGAGGAGCCGGCGCUGCCGGUGCCCGGGGGUCGGGGCGCGAGGGAGCCGGGCCGCGGGGGACCCAACAGGUAGAGCCGGGGUGCCCGGCCGCGCACCCCCCCGCGCAUCAUGCAGCUCUUUGUCACCUCUCUCGCCCCCAGGCCAAAAUCCUGAGCAUGAUGGAAGACAAUAAGCAGCUCGCGCUCCGCAUCGAUGGGGCGGUCCAGUCGGCCAGCCAGGAGGUGACCAACCUGCGAGCUGAACUCACGGCCACCAACCGGAGACUGGCGGAACUGAGCGGAGGUGGCGGCCCCGGCCCCGGCCCGGGCCCGGGAGCGGCGGCCAGCGCCUCGGCGGCUGCAGACUCAGCGGCGGCGGCGAACAUGGAGAACCACCAGCACGGCGCGCAAGUGCUCCUGCGGGAAGAAGUGUCUCGGCUCCAGGAGGAAGUGCACCUUCUCCGGCAGAUGAAGGAGAUGCUGGCGAAGGACCUGGAGGAGUCGCAGGGCGGCAAGUCCUCUGAGGUCCUCUCGGCCACCGAGCUCAGGGUCCAGCUGGCCCAGAAGGAGCAGGAGCUAGCCAGAGCCAAAGAAGCCUUGCAGGCCAUGAAGGCCGACCGGAAGCGCCUCAAGGGCGAGAAGACGGACCUGGUGAACCAGAUGCAGCAGCUGUACGCCACGCUGGAGAGCCGCGAGGAGCAGCUGCGGGACUUCAUCCGGAACUACGAGCAGCACCGCAAGGAGAGCGAGGACGCCGUCAAAGCCCUGGCCAAGGAGAAGGACCUGCUGGAGCGGGAGAAGUGGGAGCUGCGGCGCCAAGCCAAGGAGGCCACGGACCACGCCACAGCGCUGCGCUCCCAGCUGGACCUCAAGGACAACCGGAUGAAGGAGCUGGAGGCUGAGCUGGCCAUGGCCAAGCAGUCCUUAGCCACGCUGACCAAGGACGUCCCCAAGCGGCAUUCCCUCGCCAUGCCGGGCGAGACGGUGCUCAACGGCAACCAGGAGUGGGUGGUGCAGGCGGACCUGCCGCUGACCGCCGCCAUCCGGCAGAGCCAGCAGACUCUCUACCACUCGCAUCCCCCCCACCCCGCGGACCGGCAAGCGGUCAGGGUGAGCCCCUGCCACUCCCGGCAGCCCUCGGUCAUCUCGGACGCUUCUGCCGCGGAAGGCGACCGGUCGUCCACGCCCAGCGACAUCAACUCCCCUCGACACCGGACGCACUCCCUCUGCAACGGCGACAGUCCCGGCCCAGUUCAGAAGAACCUGCACAACCCUAUUGUACAGUCACUAGAGGAUCUUGAAGACCAAAAACGGAAAAAGAAGAAAGAGAAGAUGGGAUUUGGCUCCAUCUCCCGCGUCUUCGCCAGAGGGAAGCAGCGGAAGUCCCUCGACCCCGGCCUCUUUGAUGACUCGGACAGCCAGUGCAGCCCCACGAGGCAGAGCCUCAGCCUGUCGGAGGGCGAGGAGCAGGUGGACCGGCUGCAGCAGGUGGAGCUGGUGCGGACCACCCCCAUGUCCCACUGGAAGGCGGGCACCGUGCAGGCCUGGCUGGAGGUGGUCAUGGCCAUGCCCAUGUACGUCAAGGCCUGUGCGGAGAACGUGAAGAGUGGGAAGAUGCUGCUGAGUCUGAGCGACGAGGACCUGGAGCUGGGCCUGGGCGUGUGCAGCUCCCUGCACCGGCGCAAGCUGCGGCUGGCCAUCGAGGACUACCGGGACGCCGAGGCGGGCCGCAGCCUGUCCAAAGCCGCCGACCUGGACCAUCACUGGGUGGCCAAGGCCUGGCUGAACGACAUCGGCCUGUCCCAGUACUCCCAGGCCUUCCAGAACCACCUGGUGGAUGGGCGGAUGCUGAACUCCCUGAUGAAGCGGGACCUGGAGAAGCACCUGAACGUGUCCAAGAAGUUCCACCAGGUCAGCAUCCUGCUGGGCAUCGAGCUGCUGUACCAAGUGAACUUCAGCAGAGAGGCCCUCCAGGAGCGCCGGGCCCGCUGUGAGACACAGAACACAGACCCCGUGGUGUGGACCAACCAGCGGGUGCUCAAGUGGGUGCGAGAUAUUGACCUGAAGGAGUACGCAGACAACCUGACCAACAGCGGGGUCCACGGCGCCGUGCUGGUGCUGGAGCCCACGUUCAACGCCGAGGCCAUGGCCACCGCCCUGGGCAUCCCCAGCGGGAAGCACAUCCUCCGCAGACACCUGGCGGAGGAGAUGAGCGCCGUCUUCCCCCCGGCCAGCUCCACGGGCAUCCGGGAGGCGGAGCGCUUCGGCACGCCCCCCGGGAGGGCCUCCAGCGUCACCCGGGCAGGGAGGGAGGAGAACAGCAGCGGCCUCAAGCACAAGGCUGGCCGGCUGCCCCUGGGGAAGAUAGGCCGGGGCUUCAGCAGCAAGGAGCCCGACUUCCACGAGGACUACGGCUCUCUCCAAAACGAGGACUGCGGCGAUGAUGACCUGCAGGGCAGGCCCGAGCAGGGCCGCCUGGAAGGCUACAAUGGCCUAGAGGUCACCAACGUGUAAGGGCCAAUGCCCCGCCAGACCCAGCACAGGGUCUCGCCUGGAGGAAGAGUAGCCGCCUAGCCACUGUACAUAGCGACCUCGGGCUGAGCACGCUGCUCUGGCCCUGGAAGAACCCCAGCACGCCGCUGCAACUGCAGACCGGGGCACAAGGGGCGAGGAGACCCCCCGCCGUGGACCUCCUGCUCCACAGGAGGGUGCUGGCCACGAGGACUGUCACCGUGCCCAGCCCCUCAGAGUGACUGACCGGCAGCUGUUGUCCUGGAGCCCUGAACUGAGCUGCCACGGUGGGAGGAGGUCCCCAGGCACCCUCCUAGGGGGCGCAGGUGGGACUCCAGCUGGGCAUGCAGCGCCCGGGAGUGACCGUGGUCAGAGCAGGCAAAGCCCGAGGUUGGCCAGUCCACACGGGACCCAGGCAGGGAGGUGACAGGAAGUGCUGCCUCCAGCUGAGACGUCACAUGGAGGGCCGUCCCCUCGCCAGCAUCCUCGUCCCUGGGACUGAGAACCUGGGUUCUUCUUCAGGUCCCCAAAUCCCUCUUGGGAGAAAGCAAAACAGGGAAGUCAUUUUCUGUCCCCUAAAAACCCCGGGUCACGUGGGGUGGACACGUCGAAGAGCUGUUUCCCCAUCCUCCCUGGGGCAGCUCCACAGGGUCGGGGUGGGAGCAUGAUCCAUGCAGGGCGGGGCUUAGCGGUGACACUCCCAGGAGAUGCAGACAGCCGGUCAUCAGGGUGAAAGACGUGACGACAGCAGGAUCAGGGACAACUGAGUCGGGGGGUCUGUGACAGCUGCGCCAAACGUGGCGAUCGAUCUGGGGUGGGCGGCAGGGAAACGCUCACAGUUCACCCGGCAAACCUUUGCCGGGAGGACUGUCACCUGAAACAGAGGUGUGCUCGCCCAGGGUCCUCACUGAGAUGAGCCCCGCAGGGCACAGUCGUAACAGUGGUGGGAUGAACCCGCAGCCCUUGGCUCAUCUCAGCCGGCCGCUAGGGGGCGUCUCCCCGGUGAACUCACCUCUCCGUGCCUCAACCUCUUCGUCUGCUCUACUCCCGGUUCCCUCCCAGGGAUGCUGGGAGGACUAACCCUUGCUAAUGUCUGUAACACACUCCGUAACCUCUCAGGACACGGGUGGGAAGCUGGCGGUGGGCGGCUGUCUCAUUUCUCAUUCACAACGACGCAUAGCUGACACGGAGCUGCUUCUCUGCACCUCUGUGAUGUCGGAAGCCGUGUGCCGGAGGAGCACAAGGAAUGUUCCAUGUUUCCAUUCUCCAGAGCCCCCCACAGGGCUCGACCACACACAGAGGGGGAAAUCCCCCGAGCACAACCCCUGGAAACUGGUUCAGUUCAAGUGCUUGGCCUUGAUUGAGUUCCUGGACCUCAGCGACGAUGCGGGAAGGUCGUGUGCAUGGGGGUUCCGCUUCCCCUUCAGCUGUCAAAGCGAAUCCUUCACUGGAGCCGCGACGCUGCGCUUCUACUGAAGCCGCCGGCAGGGGGAGUCGGGAGCGGUUUGAAUCUCCAACACCCGCAGCCGGCGGGCAGCAGCCUCCGACAGUUCCCCAGCCCCGCGCCUGCCUCCCGAGGAGCACGCCUCCCCAGCCACCGCGUUCUCUCCCACCGUCACAUAAGCAAGAAAUUGGUUUCUUCCCCCGGAACCAAUUGCCCGGUGGGCAGGCAGGUAGAUGCCCCUCUUGUCUGAAUGUCUGGCCUCCUAGGGACACAUUUCUGAUUCUAGGGACUGAGGGAUGACGCUCUGGCACCUGCUUUGGCUUUGCAGAGGCCCCGAACCCCAGGAUCUGGAUGGCAUUCAGCCAGGCACGGGACUGAAGCCGCAGAGCCCACAGCCAGGGUUGGAGGGCAACCCCCCCAACCCCAAGGCUAAGCGGGUGCCCCAGGUCCUUCCUGAGCCAGCACCCAGGCUGGGUGACCCAGCCCCCCCAGGGCCUGCCUCUUGGGGGCAGCAAACCAGGAGGGCAAUCACUCCUGCAGGCGGUGGCUGAACUAACAUUCACCCAACUUGUCAGAAAUAAAGUUUUCAUUGUCCCCUGACUCCAUCCCUUUGGGGACAAGACGAGCAAGCAGACAACUGGGGGUCACUGGCAGGGACGGCAUUAGGCUGGACGGCCUGGGGCAACACGGGCAACCCGAAAGGCACCUUUUGGUCUGAAUGAUGCGCUGACCACACCGUCCCUCCUACGGCGCUCGAGGCUCCUAUCCUGGGCAGCCAGGCGAGCGUUGGGAGCUGGCUUUUCAACAGGAGAACAAGCUGGCUGGUGACUAAACAACUUCCACGGAGAGUCACAUCAGGGGGGCUUUGACUGCUGGAAAAACCCCCAACUCCGCUUGGAGGGCGGGCAGAGGAGCAGGGGGGGCACAAAGCUCUGGAAGCUCAUUGGCAAAGGCUGGCGGGGUGGCCACCUGCAGCACGCUGGCCUGCCACAUCCUGUCCCAACAGCCUGAGUCCUGGUCUCGGUCCUUACUGGCUGGACCCGGGAAUGAUACAGAGUGCUUCCCUGAAGGUGCUGUCACCCAGGCCUGCGGGUGCUGCCCCUUGAGAAGGGGAGCUGGGGACCAGAGGCCGAGGAGAACCGGGGUAGGCAGAGCCAUAGGAAGGCACCUGCUUGGCAGACUCAGCUCUCUGACCCCACAGAGGCCUCUGAGGGCCCCCUUUGUGCUCCGCUGAGCAGAGCCCUCCCCCAGGAAUCUCAGCACGGCAGCCAGCCCACCCAGGCUGCAGGAGGGGGCGAGAGGCCAAAGGCAACCUGACCAGACGCAGUGGAGGGGGAGGGGCCUCGGAAUAGUGACCCCGAACCUUGAGGUCACUAAACAGGGCUGGGUCUGGCAGCAUGGGAUGAUCUGGGCCAGAUAGGACUUGAGGCUCCCCACAGGGACACCCAGCCCCUCGGCUUCUCCAAGGCCAGGCCUCCCCUGCCCAUCAACACCUGUGUGUUCGGGGCACUAUGACCUCUGCACCCCCUUCCGAGGCUCCAACAGGCUCCGGGCAGUUUAGGGGCAGGAAAAAACCCCUGUUCGAAAAACACCCUGUGGGAA